AUGCAUCCAAUAAUCUUCUUCUCCAAAAUGGAUUUUAGUCAGAGCAAUUUAUUUGGAUACAUAGAAGACCUGCAGGAGCUAACUAUUAUAGAGAGGCCAGUACGCAGGAGCCUGAAGACACCAGAAGAAAUAGAAAGAUUGACAGUUGAUGAAGAACUCAGUGAUAUUGAAAGGGCUGUUUAUCUACUCAGUUCUGGCCAGGAUAUCCAAGGAACAAGUGUGGUGGCAAAUCUUCCAGUCCUGAUGCGACAGAAUCCUGCAGAAACACUUCGUCGGGUUUUACCGAAAAUCAGAGAGGUGCUGCAUGUUGCAGGAGUGGAAAUGCAGUUAACAGCUGCUGUUUCAUUUUUGACUGUUCUGCAAGAGGAGUCAGUGUCCAUUCAUACGUACUCGCACUCCUUCCUACACAUCAUUCUCCAGCACCUGGAACACAGAGAUGCAGGUGUCAGCAAUGCAUGGCUAGAAACUCUUCUUGCUGUAAUAGAAGCUUUACCAAAAGAGACUAUCAGACACGAGAUCCUGAAUCCACUUGUUUCCAAAGCACAGCUUUCUCAAACACUUCAGUCCCGCUUAGUUAGUUGUAAAAUCAUGGGAAAAUUAGCUAACAAAUUUGAAGCUCAUAUUAUUAAAAGAGAGAUUCUUCCAUUGGUAAAAUCACUGUGCCAGGAUGUGGAAUAUGAAGUUAGAACUUGCAUGUGUCGGCAACUGGAGCAUAUAGCUCAAGGAAUAGGGACAGAACUAACAAAAACUGUGGUGCUUCCUGAGUUAGUAGAACUGGCAAGAGAUGAGGGCAGCAGUGUACGCCUUGCAGCUUUUGAGACGUUAGUGAAUCUGCUCGAUAUGUUUGAUGCAGAUGAUAGGAGUCAAACUGUGCUCCCCUUAGUGAAAUCAUUCUGUGAAAAAUCCUUCAAAGCAGAUGAAUCUAUCUUAGUUUCUUUAUCUUUCCAUUUAGGGAAACUGUGUAAUGGAUUAUAUGGCAUUUUUACUCCUGAACAGCACUUACGGUUUUUGGAAUUUUAUAAAAAGCUUUCCACGCUGGGUUUACAGCAGGAAAAUGGACACAAUGAUAAUCAACUACAACUUCAAACUCUGGAACAGGAAAAGAAGUAUAUUUCAGUGAGGAAGAACUGUGCUUACAAUUUUCCAGCCAUGAUUGUUUUUGUGGAUCCCAAGAACUUCCAUUUAGAACUAUAUUCUAUAUUCUUCUGCCUUUGUCAUGACCCUGAAGUUCCUGUCAGAUAUACUAUGGCCAUAAGCUUCUAUGAAGUCGCUAAGCUUUUAAAUUCUGGUGUGUAUACAAUACAUAAAGAACUGGUUACACUGUUACAGGAUGAGUCACUGGAGGUGUUAGAUGCCCUGGUAGGUCACCUCCCUGAAAUCCUUGAACUAAUGACUAAUGGAGGAGAAAACAGUGGAUCAGAAAGCAAGUUAUUGUCUAUUCCUGACUUGAUUCCUGCAUUAACAACAGCAGAACAGAGAGCAGCAACUUCUUUAAAGUGGAGAACUCACGAGAAGUUACUACAAAAAUAUGCAUGUCUCCCUCAUAUCAUAUCAAGUGAUCAGAUUUAUUACCGUUUUCUUCACAGAAUGUUGACAAUCAUUUUGACAAAUAAUGUCCUGCCAGUCCAAAAAGCAGCUGCUCGAACUCUCUGUGUUUAUUUACGUUAUAAUCGCAAGCAAGAACAGAGGCAUGAGGUUAUUCAGAAACUGAUUGAACAACUGGGCCAAGGAAAAAGUUAUUGGAACAGGCUUCGGUUUUUAGAUACUUGUGAAUUCAUUAUGGAACUGUUUUCAAAAUCAUUCUUCUGCAAAUACUUCUUUCUACCUGUGCUUGAACUUACACAUGAUCCAGUGGCAAAUGUGAGAAUGAAGCUAUGCUAUUUGUUGCCAAAAGUAAAAUCUACUCUGAAGAUUCCCACUGACAAACAUUUACUUCAACAGUUGGAAUUAUGUAUAAGGAAACUUUUGUGUCAAGAGAAAGACAAAGAUGUCCUGACUAUUGUAAAAAGAACAGUGUUAGAAUUGGACAGAAUGGAGAUCUCUGUAGAUGCUGAACAAUUAGAAAAAGAGAAGCAGCAAAAUGAAGGAAGAUCUACAAAUAUUAAUGACAAAAUGUUUGAAAAGAAGCGUAGAGACAGUAAAACAUCAUCAGUGUUGGCAAAAAGUAUCACACUCUCUGUUCCUGGAAGCUCUUCUGGCACAUCAGCGGGCAAAGACGACAAGAAAUCCAAGUUGGUUCGAAGCCAGUCUUUCAGUACUCAAGCACUACACCCAAAAUACAGCAACAUAGACAAGUGCCCUAACAAACAAAAUUCUUUGUCUAAACUGCAACUCUUUAUUUCAGAUGAUUCAUUCCGGACUCAUUCUACUGGUAAUAGUGGGAAUGCUGCCUUCCCUUCCAGUUCUUCUCGCAACUUAUUUAACUCAGCUGACCAAAAGAACAAUGGAAAUAAAGAGAGUCAGUCCCGAAAGAUGAGCAUAAAAAACAGAAAAUCAAACUCUUAGAACUUCUGACAGAAAAAGAAGGGAACCAGAGGCUGGUGGAAGCACAUUCUGGUGAGAUAAGGUGGGAGCGGCAGAUGGGACUCUCUAAUGCCUGGAAUGAAUAAAAUGCAUCUUGCAAUGUUAAAACUUUUUAUCUUUUAAAUAAAAACCCAAGCUGUAAAAUAUGUUCCAAUAAGUAAUGGUUGCAGAAUUCUAACAUUGUAGUGAAAUGUUAUGAAAUACAACUUCAGCUAUGUGCUCUUAACUGCUGCAGCUAAAGAGAGGAUUUUGUUUUCUUCAAUUAUGCCUUUGUAGUUCAAAUUCUUGGAUUUAGAAUGCACAUAUCUGUUACUUAAUUGGCUUAUUUACAAUUUUAGCAAUUCUUAGCACCCAUCUUUUAUGCAAGAAAGAGAAGGCAUUGUUAUGAAUAUGAAAAAGUAAUCCCACAUUUUAAAGAACCUUCAAACCUAAUUUAAGACCAAAGUCCAGAACCAUUGAUCAGUCUAUAAAAAAAUAAACUUCAGUAGCAUUGUGCUGUGAAUUUGGAGGUAAUGUUUUUAAAAGUACUAAGUAAAGUUCAUAAAAAUCCUGUGUAAGUUUCAAAGCAAUCUAAAAGCAGAUGUCGCCAGAUGAUAUAAAAAAUAGUUUUAUUUCGUAAGUUUUGUUGUAUAAAUACUUGUUUUAAUUUUUAGUAUUUCAGAUUGUAUUUUCACUUGAAUAAUUUAUAAUGAUGAAUCUAGUUUUUAACCAGCUGCUAUUGCAAGCUAUCAUGCUUCAGUGAUGUCAUCUGCAUUUGUUUGUAUUAAUGCUAAUGUUUCUAUCAAAAUUUGUCUGUGGAAAAACAUGCGAUUCUAUUUUAAAAAGUUCUAUUUAUGCCAAUACUUGAGAGAGAGCCUAUGAAGCUAUUGUCAGCUUCUCUAUUUCAAAAUGGAAGCAGUAUAAAUAUAUUGAUAUCAGAAAUAUGUGAUUUUUACAAUUUAUUGGUGUAUGAUAAAGAUGAUCUGAUCUGUGAAUGCAUAUGUGUGUGUGGUUACUUUUUAUAAUGUAAAAAUACGAAUGAUGAUUUACUCAAAAUAAAACCUAGGACAAUGCUGUACAUGCAUGUUCUUGAAAAAACAAUUCUCAGGGCAUCUUUUAUAAUUAAAAUAAAUAAAAGCA